AUGGACGGGAACGGCACGGAUGCAGUGUAUUUGGAGGUCAUCAUACGGACCAUGGACUCUCCCCUCAACCUACGGCCACGGCCGCCAAACAGCAGAGGGCCCCAAACAAUCGCCGACUUCAUCCGACGCGUCAACGCAGAGCCCGGUGGUUUUCGAGCUCUCAACGAAGAGGAGGUGCGCAGGAACGUCAUUGCCGAGCGCAAUGGGCUUCAUCACGAGGAUGUCGAAAUGGUUACCGACCAGGAGGCCGAUGACGACUCCAAGAAACCCGACAUCAUUGCUGCUCGCCACAACAUCAUCAUGAGCCUCGGUCAGGCGAUCCAGAUCUCCUCGAAUUUCCUCGACUUCAUCUCGCUCCUUCUCUCCAAAGAAAUCCCCACGCAAGCUGCCGUCUCUAUUUCGCCAUGGCUACGAAAUCAAGUUCCGAUUGGAUCCAUCGGCGCCACCCAGCUCGACGCGCCGACUCCUCUGACCCAGAGUAGAGUGGCCGACAACAAGCUGAUCACCAUCGGCAAGCGACUGGUCGCGCUCAACGAGGCAGCCGACACUGCCCUUGCUGCCGCCAACAGGCUUCGCCAAGAGAUCAAUUCCGAGACAAAGUACUGGCAGGAAGUCUUGACCGUCAGCCAAAAGGGCUGGUCAACCGCCCGCCUGCCCCAAGAGCCACACGACAUGGGCGUCAAGUUUGGCUUCUCUAAUGCUGCCCCCAUGUUCAAGAACAAUAGCGUUGCGCCAUUGAAAAGGGCCGAGGAUGGUUCAGUCCGUCUGGAAUACGGCCGAAUGGGUUCCAAAUCCGAACGUCUCCAGGCCACCCUUCUGCACAACAGGGAGGUUGUCGGAAGAUCUUCCCUUCCUCGACCCCUACCCGACGAUGCUCCGUUGGACGAUCGCGUCAAAGAAGCACGGAAUACCAUAUUUGCGCAAGAGCUAUGGCACGAAAUCAAUCGGGAAGGUCGCACACUGCACGGUCACCAUGUCCGUUUAGAGCAGUCAGCUGUAACUUGCGCCCUUGAUCCCAAUCGGACCAUUUCCUUCGAGCUGGUAGGCUUGGAUGACCAAGAUCACUCCAGGGUACCUCUACCCGGCGAUCUCGACGCCGAAACGGCCUCAAUCACUCUCCAUCUCCUUCUGAGCAACGCUCACAGGCAGAACCAGCUCAAGCGCUCUGAGCGGACUGCAGCCAAUGCCAUGAGGGGCCCACCACCCCCCUACAACCUUCUUCUCCCCAUCAUCACCUACUACAGACACGAGAAAACAUUGGAGGACUGCACCACCUUCCUAGCCGCCUUCUGUGGCGCUCUCCGCUCCGCGGGAAUCCAAUCCUCCUUCAGCAUGACCGAAAGCAUCAACAAGGGCUCCCCCACGGCUCCGCCCUCCGAGGCACUCAUGAAGACCCUCCUCCACCCUUCAGAAGUCCAAUUCGACCUGACCAUCACGCCCGCCUCGCGCGUGCGCAUCCUCGCCAAGCCUACUCCUGUCUUCGGCACCCGGUUCUCCAUUUACCUCCUCCACCCGCAGUCUAACCACCUCACCAGCUCGUUCCCGCCUAACCAGACCGACUCGGUCUACGAGAAUAUCAAGGAGCUGGUUCGCUACCUUAGCAACGCGGUGCCCCGCGCUCUGACCAUGUACUAUUACCCGCUUGUCCAGGAGAUGCGGAACAGCGGGAACAAGGGCAACAACGGCGAAACCCCAAUUCCUCCUGCUCCUAAUACUACAACCUGGAUCAUCCACCCAGAUGAUCUGGGUCUAGUAGACGACGACACCGAGACGUUCGGCGUCCGGUUUGCUUUUACCUCGAACUACACUCGCGGUGAUGGGGCUGACGAUGCAGUAAAAGAGCCAGAGCUACGCGUCACCGGAGACUAUAUGGAAGACGGCCAGCGCGUUCAGCAUGAGUGGAAGUGGACUGCCUCGGGCCCCGCUGGCACGCAGGGCGGCGGUAGUCUAGAUGAAAUCGUCAAGCACAUCUUGGCAAAUGGACCGUCGUCAUCGGUGCUGUCUGCUUAAGAAGCUCAAGAUGAGACAUGACUCUUUCUGGGACUUGGGGACAUGGACUUGGAUACGUAAGUGAUACAGCGGUUGGUUUGCAAGACUGGUUGGGUGAGGAGGAUCGCCCGUUGGGUUUGACGAUUGGAUGUUGAGCACCAAAAAGCGGGAGCGGGAGCGGGAGUGGAUGCGGAUGUUGGACGUAAACGAAGCGUACUUAUCGUUUCUCGAAACUGUCACUGGAUGAGAAGACUCAAGAUUGAAGUACAAGAGGGCUAGGUCUCCAGAGACAAUGUACCUUUGUCCACCUGGAUCGGUCAACGACUGAUCGUUACAAAAACAUACCCACAAACAUACUCUG